AAUCCUAGUGGUGGAUACAGGACAGUCUCUCUCUUUACUCCGGACUCUUUUCUUUCCCUUGCUUGACACUCUGCUGCUACUAAGGUAUUAUUUCCUGGACUGGGUUUUUCCGUGUCUCCGGUGUGUGUAGUUCCCUGGCAGUCACCUGGAAAGUGAUCACAGGACUGGCUGCAGUACUUUGGUGUUGGCCCAAGUGUGGAGACUAUACUGAGCCUGACAAUAGGGAGAUACACUGCUGGCCACUCAAGUAUUGCUGCUGCUGCUGCUGACUAGGAUAGCUGCCCACUGAGGAACGAGAGAGCUGUCUCACUCCAAACACCACUCUCUUACAGUGCAGCCGUGUGUACUCUCUCCUCUCUACUAUACUGUUUGGAUACCGGGGCCCAAUCAAGCCGCUGAUUUGACUGUGCAUGUGCUACUGCUAAUGUGGGCUGCUGUUCCUUGUUCUCUCCCCCUUAGGUAGCUCUCUGUGAACCACCGGUCACCUCAUCACCUUCUCUCUAUCUUUCUGCUCCGUCUUCAUAUGGAAAAUAGACCCUCAGACGACCUGAUGUCCAGUUCGCCCAUGAUGACCAAUGGGACUGGUCUCAGCCCCCAACAGGUCCCUAAUGCAGACAAUGAUGCAAAAAAGGUCAAGCUGGAGCAGCCCCCACAGGAAAUUUCACGAGUGAUUCAUGUUAGAGGAAUUCCAGAAAAUGCUACAGAGGCUGAAAUCGUCCAGCUUGGUAUUCCCUUCGGCAAAGUUACAAAUGUGCUUCGAGUCAAAAAGAGCCAGGCCUUUUUAGAGAUGGAAACUGAAGAUAGUGCUUGUGGAAUGAUAAAGUACCAUUCCACCUCCAACACUGCAUUGAUCAGAGGCAAACACGUGUUUAUACAGUUCUCCAAACACAAACAGUUGGUCGUGGACCAGAUCAACUCACCCCAGAAUGCAAGUGCUAAAGCAGCAAUUUUGGCAGCAAGUGAAAUGUCCAAUGAUAUCCCACAGUCCGACAACACGCGAUCCAUCCUUCGGGUCAUUGUAGAGAAGCUUCUGUACCCUGUAGAUGUCACCACACUUCAUCAGAUAUUCAGCAGAUUCGGAUUUGUGACAAAGAUCAUCACCUUCACAAAGAACAAUACAUUCCAGGCCUUAAUCCAGUUUCAAGAUUCUAUUUCUGCUAAAACAGCAAAAUAUUCACUAGAUGGACAGAACAUUUACAAUGGGUGCUGUACACUGAAGAUUGACUUCUCCAACCUCUCAAACCUGAAUGUGAAAUACAACAAUGACAAAUCCUAUGAUUAUACAAAGGUGAACCAGCUGUGUGCUGGGGACGCUUCAGUCCAGCGACAUGCCCCUGGGAUGCUAGGAGGUGUCGGAGGUAUGGGCGGAGUAGGUGUUGGAGGCGUAGGAGGAAUGCAGGGUAUGGGAAUGCAAGAGUCCCUACGAAUGGUAGGGGGUAUAGGAGGAUUAGGAGGGAUGGGAGGUGCCCAGGAUCUAAUGACGCAGGCGUUGAUGCCAGGGAUGGGAACCGCUCCACUAACAGCCUACGGUGCCGGUGCCGCGGCGGCUAUGGGAGGCACGCCUGUAUAUGCUUCAAACUUUGGCCCAGGUGUACAAGCUCAAAUGCCCCAGCUCGGUAAUUACAGCUUUGCAAACCCAGCCCUGACUGGGAUGGCAAUGGGAGGACUGCCCUGUGGGAACAGUGUGCUGUUGGUGUCCAACUUGAAUGAACAGAUGGCCACGCCAGAUGCUCUCUUUACCCUUUUUGGGGUAUAUGGGGACGUACAUAGGGUGAAGAUAUUGUAUAACAAAAAGGAUAAUGCUCUCAUUCAAAUGGCAGAACCGUUCCAAGCUCAACAAGCACUACAAUAUUUAGACAAAUUCAAAGUAUGGGGCAAACAAAUCCGGGUUGCUGCCUCCAAACACAGUGUUGUACAGAUGCCAAGAGAGGGACAGCCGGACGCUGGAUUGACAAAAGAUUUCACCAACUCUCCACUGCACAGAUUCAAACGACCAGGAUCCAAAAACUGUCUGAACAUCUUUCCACCAUCUGCUGUUCUCCAUCUCUCUAACAUUCCACCUAAUGUCACAGAAGAAGAGAUCACAGACAGGUUCAAAGAGCAGGGUACAGUCGCAGCAUUCAAAUUUUUCCCGAAAGAUAGGAAAAUGGCUCUCAUCCAAAUGAGUUCUGUUGAGGAAGCCAUUGAGGCACUCAUUAACCUGCACAAUGUCCAGCUAAGUGAAAACAACCAUCUGCGAGUGUCCUUCUCCAAGUCUACAAUCUAAAAUGCCCAGAGCUUGUGAACCACAGUUAAAUAAUCUUUUUUCUGAUUUAUACAUGACAUUAUAAGAAAUAAUAUUUAUGUCAAGCUGUCCCUGUUUAGAGUUAUCUCCCAUUGGAAAGUGUAUCGGUAAAAAGUGCCUUUUUGUGUAUAUUUACAGAGUCGUGAGAAUCCUGGUUAUUUUACACAGCGUGUUCAGGGCCAACAUUCUGUAUGUGCAAUUAUUUGGACUUAUUUUAUGUUUAGGAACUUGAGUUUAUUUUUUUACUUAGAAAUAUCAAUAGUUUAAACAUGUCUACUGAAGGCAAACAGAAGUAGUCUUUGCCCUCAUCUGAUUAGUUAGUUAGCUCUGGUAAAUGGCAUACUUCGGUCUGAGGGAUCAUUCACGAAUAAGAUAUACAUGCUGAAAGCGACAUAUCACGUGGAAGGUAGUUUUUGUUGGUUAUAUAUUGAACUGUUCCCACUUUACACAAGAUAUCGUCCUUUGGGAUUUGAUUUGUAUAUUUUGGAUCUGCCAUUGUAGUCAAAUGAGCAAGAUUGUGUUUUCCGUUUUUGAAGAAUUCCUACUUAUCUUCCUUGUCCCUGCCUUUACAUGUCAUACGAGUGACACUAGAUGGCAGCACUAGGAUGGCAAGUGUGACCGACAUAGUUAAAUACUGAAGACCAUCACUCAUGUUACCAUGGAAACUGCUGCUGUUGGGCGUGAUGGAUGAAUCAAUAUUUGGGAUAGAAUGUUUGUUAAUUGUUAAUGUCUUUGAUAAUCAAAUAAAUUGGUUUAUUUUUUAUUUUAGAAUAUUUUUUAUCAAGAUGAGCUGUUUGUUUUUUGUGUGUAACUAGAGUUAAGACUAAAACACCUGAGUUUAAGUCUGAACUUGAGUUCCACUUGAACAGUUUGAGGUUAUUUUUUGCACUUAAUUUCAUUGCCCAUUUUGUUGGUAACCAUUGGACUCUGGGCCAAGGAGUACUUUAUUGUAUGUUUGUUUCAAGGAUAGCCUUUUGUGUUUUCUAAAUAUUAUUGUUAGAAAUCAAUUGUCCCAGACAUUUAUAUAUAGAUAUACUCCCAAGAAAUCCAUUAUUGUAAUGUGAACCAUACAUAUAUACAUGUACGUGUAAGAUAUAAAUGUAUGGUUCCCCUAUGUUAAAGCUCCUUGGCUUAGAAACCAAAGGUUUUAAUCAUACUGUUGUUUUUUUUUUAUUUCAACACAUGCAAAAUUUCUGCCCAUUGCUUUGCAAAAGAAAACUCUGAACAGAGACGCCAGUUAUUUUCCUAGCUUUUAUAUUGCUUGGUUCUGGUAAAGAAAAAAUUCUAAAUUAGAUUGUUUAGCUGGUAGAUUUGAUAGAGAUGAUGAUUUCUAAGACUUACAUGUAACCCUAUUUUUGCAUUGGGUAUCAUAAUAAUAAAUACAUUCAAAGGUUUAAAUAUAUAUUUUUGCAUUUUUGAGAGUUGUUCUACAGUCUGGGGAUUUUCAUUUCACGUUUGUAAAGGGAUACGUAAGUGUGUUGAACCAACAUUAAAUUGUGUAUAUGUUGGUGUUCUUUUUCAAUCAGUAAUUUUUUUCAUUAUUAUUAUAGGAAUUUGUUUCAUUCAUCAUGUAGCUGUGUUGGGAGUAACAAGUUUCCUAGGCACUGUUUAUAGUUAAUCAGCAUAACUUGUGUUAAUACAAAUACCAUUCCAGUGUGGAUUACUAUGUUAUUAUCUUGACAUCGGUAGUUUUUUGUCCCAGCUAUUUGUCAUGGCUAUGCAGAUGAUUUUUUUUUUCUCCAUAAAUCAUAAUCCGUCUAUUUGUUUUGUGUGUUAAGCUUUAAUAUUGAACUGUUGUUCCAAAGAUUAAUGAUAUGAUCUUAAAUGAAAUUCCCAGUCCAAUAUAAAACAAUACCACAGGAAUAACAGAGAAAUGGCAUUUUAUAGGUGACAAAAUCAAACCUGUCAUAAUGGUGACUUGACACAGUAAGUUGAUGAAAUGAAACACUAAUUGUUGUACAUAGAAAACAGUGUACAAUAUGUGUAUUUUUGAAGAAUGUAAGAGAUCAAAUUAUAAUUAAAUAGAAUGCAAAUAUUCUGAACAAUGCAAGAUUUUUCUCCUCUUCACAGAAUUAGAAAUUUAAUUAUUAGAACUUGAUAUUACAGCCAUAUGCAUGACAGCAUCAUCAAUAUUAAUGAGAAAACAAAGCACCUGCUGAUGUUUUUGGAUAUUCCAUACACAUGUGGAAUUCCCUUGAUGUAUUGGGGCAAUAACAGUUUAGUUCCUUUGUGUUGCUGUUGUUAAAUGUUCCUAACUAGUAUGGAGUAUAUUAGUAAAGGCUUAAGGCAAUAGCUUGGUCACAUAACAGGUUCUACCCUCAUGGAUUUCUCAUCUCAAACCCUAAAGUAUAUGUUGUAUUUUUUUCCCUUGAUAUUGAGAGUAAUGUUGUACAAAGUAUACCUAAAGUGAAAGUAUUGUAUUUUACUAAUUCUGGUAGUCUUUCUGUACACUGCCAGUAAUGAAACGUACAAAUAGUGUGAUACUCUAUGGUUAACUGUAAAUUGAUAUAUGUAUAUUCUACAAUUUUAAGUUAGGAGAAUUUCAAUAGUUAUUUGUAGUUACAGUUAACAUUAGUGUACAUAUGUAAAUCAUUGUUGAUAUGUUGAGGUAGUUGUGCCAUUUGGUAAAUAGAAGUUAUUUUAACAUAGCUGUCAUUGAGGGUAGAACUUGUUACUGGCCAGCCCACAGAAACAGAUCUGAUGGAGAUUUGACCUCCCCAUGGUUUGAUCUUGUAACCCUGCGUCCAGAUGUCGAUAUACAACUGCAGUUAUAAUGUGCCUAUAUUAUACAAGGGAACAACUUUGAAUCGUGUUACAUAUAAAUCCACGUUUUGUAGCUUUUUUAGCCACAAAACAUGUUGAUGUUUUAUUUAUUAAUUUUUUACUGCAAACCUCUGCAAUUUUUAGGGGUUUAUCAGUGUUAUUUAUAGAAGAUGGUGAUGAUUUCAUAUUGGAAAGAGAAAAGAUUAUAAUGUCUACAGAAUGUUUUUCACGGAAGAUUUAUUAUUAUACUAUUAAAAGAAGAAAGGUUUAUAUAAAAAAAAAGAUCUUGUAUUGUGCGAAUGUUGAGAUAUUACUAUUAAUUUUUUGUAAUAAAAAGUGAAUCAUGACUUAGUUGGAGAGUAUUUCCUUUAGUGCUAACGGUUAUAAUACAUAAAGGGGAAUAACUCAAGAUUUCCCUGAACUGUAAAAAUUAACCACAAUUUUUUUUUUAAUUUCAUUAUCUCAUGUAUCCUUAUCUUAUGGCCAAUGCCAUCUCAGUGAGCCUUUCAAUUAAUCUAGUGAAGGCUUCUUUAUUUUUUCAUCAAGUUCAUCAGUUGAUGAAAAUAGUUGGACAAGCAAACAGUCCUCAAGGCAAAGUUAAGCCUUUUGGGUUUUAUUUUAAUACAAUUAUCAAAAUAUUGUAAAAGAAAAUGAAUUUUGUCAUUUGACACUGUGGCCUUACAGCCUAAUAAUGAUGGUUGCCCUUGUAUAAGUAGAAUUAACUAUAUGUUUGGUUAGCACAAACCACCUGCUUAUUUCUCUGCUGUUUCUGUACGGACAUUUCUGAUUUUGUACUGACAAUUUCUACUGCUGUACCUUCUUACCCAUCAAUCAUCUACUACCCUAUACAUACAUGCCUGUGCUAGAAUCAACUGGGUUUUGUUUUCUUUCUGUAUCACUGUUUUUCAUCCUGUAGUGUGUUGUACAUUAAAGGAAGUCUUUGUAUAGCUCAGUACCGAACAAUAGACUGUGAUUCCACAGAGCUCGGGGACCAAAGCAUGGACCGAGACUCGACUGAGCUUAGGACUACACGGUGGACUAAGAAUCCAUCGGUUUUAACACUGCCUCAGUUUCACUGAGCAAUAUUUACUUACUAUACUGUACUCUAUGUAACUGGACUGUGUUGUAGCUGUUUUCAUUAAUUUCAGUUUUUCUUCUUAAGAACUGGGCGUUCAUAUAUCUAAUGUUGUAGAUACUGGUUAAUGAAUGAUGGUAUAUAUAUCUGGUUUCCCCUAUUCUCUUCAUCAUUAAAUGUCGUAUGUUAUAUGGUUAUUGACGUUUUAUGAAGUGAAUAGAGGUUUAUAAACCUGUUAUACUUAAAAUCAGAAUUGUAAAUAUUUUUUGUUAUUCAAAAACUUUUUUCAUUUUUUUUUUCUUCCAAAAUUGGCCGCAUUUUUUAUUUAUCUAUUACAAGGUCUGAUAUAGAAAGUGGAUGUUCAAAAAUUAUUGGACUUUCCACAAGAAAUGUGGCUAUAAUUUCUCUUAUUGUCCUACAGUGUAUUUUUCCUUAAAAGAUUUUUGUGUAGGAUAUAUGGGCGCCCGCCUCCUGGUACUAGAAUUAUAAGUAUCCUCUAUACCUGUAUAGCUAUCUGUUGUGUAACGUUGUACAUACUCUUUGUGCAUUAAAUUUCUAGAUGUGGGA